CCUCUUCAUUAAUCAUUAGUUGAUUUGGAGGCAGCGGGCUGGGAGCAGAGGGCUUUUCCUUCCUGAGUGCCCCAAGCCACUCUGCAGCUCAGAUAGCCACCCCAGGCCACUCCAGGACGGACUGUGUCUCAUCUGAGAGCUCCGGUAUGCAUUGCACUCACCGCCUGCCCCUUCUUCUUCUGGCUGGACUCCUGCUGCUUUCUCACAGCCAGCUAGUCCAAACAUCCCAGGACACAUCCAACCAAACCUAUACAGAGUUCUCACCCAACCAAACCUAUACAGAGUUCUCACAGUCGAACAUCUCCAGCUACCAGAUUGCCUCCGGCAAUGCCAACUUUGCCUUCCGCCUCUACCACCUGAUAGCAUCCCAAAACACUAGGCAGAACAUUUUCUUCUCCCCACUCAGCAUCUCCUUCGCCUUGGCCAUGCUGUCCACGGGGGCUGGUGGGGACACCCAGACUCAGAUCCUUGAAGGCCUGGGCUUUAACCUCACCAAGCUGUCACUGCCUGAAAUCCAUGAGGGCUUCAGGUUGGUGCAGCACAGGCUAAGUCUUCCUCACUCCACCGAGCCGAGCAUCAAGGUAGGCAAUGUGCUGAUCCUGAGCCAGGACCUGCAGCUCCUCUCCGACUUUGUCAGUGCCACCAAAGCCUCCUACGACAGCAAGGUCUUACUCAGUAACUUCAGAGACACGGAGGCUACGACCCGGCUCAUCAACAACUACGUCAAGGAGAAAACUCAUGGAAAGAUCAGGGAUUUGGUCAGUGGCCUGAGCCCUGACGAAAGGAUGGUUCUGGUGAAUUACAUCUUCUUUCAAGGUCUGUGGAAGAAACCCUUUCCAUCCUCAGAAGGCCUUGUCGGUGACUUCUACGUAGAUGAGAACACUGUCGUGAAGGUGCCCAUGAUGCUGCAAGAUGAUCAGCAACACUGGUAUCUUGAUGACAGACAUGUGCCCUGCACGGUGCUGCGGAUGGAUUACAAAAAUGAUGCUGUGGCCUUUUUCAUCCUUCCUCAAAAGGGCAAGAUGAAGGAGGUGGAGCAGGUGCUAUCUCCAGACAUGCUAACAAGGUGGAACCGCUUGCUUCAGAAGAGGUACUUUUACAGAAAGCUCUCACUGCAGUUUCCCAAAUUCUCCAUUUCAAAUUCCUACGCGCUGGAUGAGAUUUUGCCUGACCUGGGCUUCCAGGACCUGUUCACCCAUCAUGCUGACUUCUCUCAUAUCAACCAAGAUGAGAAAUUGCAGUUAUCCAAAGUUUUCCAUAAGGCUGUCCUGGAGGUGAAUGAAGUUGGCACGGAGGCUGCAGCAUCCACUGCUAUCUCGGCCAUGUUUUUCUCUGCUAAGCCCAAGAAACGUGUCCUUGUAUUCAACCAGCCAUUCUUUGCAGUGAUCUAUUCCACCAGCACCCAGAACAUCCUCUUCAUGGGGAAGGUGUUUAACCCUACAGCAUAGCUGUCCCAGGACUAGCGGGUCUGUUACCAGCAUGAGGAUGUGGCUCUCCUGGGAGGGCUGGGUAUGAAUAGCUCUGCAACCAUGACUGAGGGCAGGGAAGGGUCCCUGACUCCAGAGAGGAGCCAAUGAUAUAGGAAGCGGUACGGCAAGAUGGGCUGGAAAGUGAGAGGCUCUCUUAGGAGGGUAACACUGAUUAAACCAAAUGACAGCUCUGAGA